CGCGCGUCGGUGCAUCACUGCAUUAUAAAAUUACUCGAUACACUCAGCUGGCAACCUGUUCCGAAAAUUAAAGGACUCCCGUAAACAAAGUAUAAAGGUGCAACGCUGACUAAUUACUCGGUCAAUAGCAGUCACCUAAAUAAUUGGCGGAAAGGAGCCGUUUUAAAGCAGAAACGGGCACCCCAUCAAUUAGAGCCACCUGUCGGACACGCGCCACGCAUUAAUUCGCACUUGCAAUAUAUUUGCCCUCAAAAAACCUCAAAAUAACUGGCAUCAGUGCACCUGCGGCAAACUCUUGACGGAUACGCUUAAAUGUUCACUAAAAGGAUUCAGAUGUAGCCCCGCUCAGAGGGUGCUGGCGCUAUGAUCAUGUUAUUCAAGGGUAAUAGCAGUAGAUUAGAGCAUUUGAUAGAGAAAAUUCAAGCUAAUAAAGAAAAUCACGACGUCUCUUCGGAAGAUAUAAAGGAGGCACUAGGCAGCGUGGGCAGCACGGCGGGCAGCUCCUGGCCCUCAUCCACACCUGAGCCCUCACCUUCUCCCGCUUCGACACCGACGUCUGCCGACGCGGUUGACCCUGAGGUGGAGGGGGAACCGCCCUUCACACUUGGCGCUACGGAACACACCCCCUAUCAGUGCCAGUUCUGCGAUAAAGCCUUUCCGAGGCUUUCCUACUUAAAGAAACAUGAACAGACCCAUUCCGAUCAAAUGCCGUUUCGAUGCGAAUUUUGUUCGAGAUUAUUUAAACACAAGAGAUCUCGAGACAGACACGUCAAAUUGCACACUGGCGAUAGAAAAUACCGAUGCGCUCACUGCGAAUCAGCGUUUUCCCGCAGUGACCAUUUAAAAAUUCACAUGAAGACGCACGACAAUCAGAAGCCGUUUCAAUGUACGGUGUGCAACCGUGGAUACAACACUGCUGCUGCGCUCACAUCCCACAUGCAGGGCCACAAGCGUGACCGCGAUGGGCGUGAAGUAGACCGACGAAGAGUUUUGCGAUGCGUUCGCUGUGGAGAGAGCUUCCGGCGACCUGAUAUGUUGCAGGCACACAUGACAACGGCCCAUGGCGCUAUUACCCCUCCUCGCCGCGUAGCUUCUCAACCACCGCCUACACUCCUCGCGUGUAUUUAUUGUACUCGUGAUACAUUCACCAGCAUGGAGCAAUUGCAGCUUCAUGUUAGAGCAUCGCAUUCAGCCUUAUUAAAUGGUGAAGGUACAACAGUUACUGUGGAACAACCGGCUCCAACUGAUUUAAGCCGUCGUGGCUCGGAAGGAACACCUCCAGUGAAACGGCCAAGGUCAAGCUCAGGAUCGGCUACUCCUCAGACAGUUCUAUCACCGAGUACUUUGCUGUGCAAUCAGUGUGAUGCAGCUCUACCAGAUUUCGAAGCUUUCCGAGCCCAUUUGAAAGGACAUCUUGAAGAGGGUGGAAAUUUAGCGCAAACAAGUCCUACGCCCUGUCUACACUGCGGGGCGACCUUCACAGAUCCGGUCGCCUCAGAGCGUCACCUAGCAGCACAUUAUUUGGCAGUGUCAUGUGAAUAUACGUGUCACAGUUGCGCUCGAAGUUUUUCUUCGCCGGAUGACCUUCAGAAGCACCUUUUCGAUCAACACGCCCAUAGCCUAUACCGCUGCACCCUUUGCAAAGAGAUCUUCGAAUCAAAAGUUGCCAUUCAGGUCCAUUUCGCGGUAGCUCACAGCGGGGAGAACAAAAUCUGGGUGUGUCGUUCCUGCGGGUCGAACGGGGGCGCGUUGCGUUCAGAAGCGGAGUGCGCGGCGCACGUGCGCAACCGGCACGCGGCGGCGCGGUGCGCGUGUGGCGCGGUGCUGGCCGGCGCGCGGGCCUUGCGGGAACACGCGGCUGCACACCACACCUACCGGUGUCCGGUGCCAGCGUGUACUGAUACUUUCGCGGUACAGUACUUGCUGGAACGACAUAUGCAAGUCCAUCACACUAUUCCACAGGACGUCAACGGGGAUAUAAUCCGAGCCAAGCAAUCGGAAAACAACAAUGCGUUAGAAAACGAUUGUUCGCCGUGUCUUACUGGCGAGAACCAAACAGAGGAGCGUAGACGCAAGAACGGUGCUGUCGCGUUGCAAUGUGCUUACUGCGGCGAGCGCACACGCAGUCGCGCUGAGCUGGAGGCUCAUACACGAGCUCACUCGGGCAACACAGCUGCUAGACAUAAGUGCCUCAUUUGCGACGAAGUAUUGCCAUCCGCUGCUGUGCUCGCUGAACACAAGCUUACACAUUGCAAGGUAGUGGCUGGAGAUACAUGCGCGCGAUGUCGCUCUCGGAUUACAUCAGAAGAAGCGUAUCUCACACACAUGGCGCGCCACCAUCCCGCCCUUCCCGCGCCUUGUAUAAUCUGUCGACAAACUUUGGCAUCAGAGGCCGAGGCCCGACUUCACGCAAGGUUCCAUCUCCGGCCUAACGAGGACGAGCAGCGGUGUGCUAUCUGUUUAAAAACCUUAUCAGAGAGUGAAACCGGUGAAGGCGUACGCGCAUGCUCUUCAUGCUAUGCGAGGCAUGCAGCGCCACGUCCUCCUCCGCCUCCCACCGCAGACAAUGAUUGUAGACUCUGUCGGCGUUCCCUAGAAUCGCCAACUCGACUCCAAACACAUCUCAUAGAGCAUACAUUCGCUGGCAUCGGUUCCUUCAGUUGCUACUUGUGUUCCGCCGUAUUCACAAGCGCUGCUGGCUUGCAGCGGCACUUACCUGAACAUCCCGCCGCUUCGAGACCCUAUGACUGCGCUCGUUGUGGACUGAAGUUCUUUUUCAGGGCGGAACUUGAUAACCAUGCGUUAAUUCAUUUAGAAGAAGCAGAAUUAGCUCAAAGAGCGUUCUAUGAAGCGUAUGCUAGAGGAGCUGCCUCGGCUUGGGCUGCGUUGCAAUCUGAUCCGUCUCCAAAGACCGUUACGGUUCCAGCUCCAGACGUUCAAGUUAAACAAGAGAAUGAAAUCAAGGAAGAGAGGAACGACGAAUACAUUGAAGUAUCGUCGCCACCGCCUGUGCAACCAAGGUCAACCACACCUGUACCGCCCGUUGUGAAACAAGAGAAGCCUGAUGAAGAUUAAAAAUAUGUAAUUUGUUGAGUGCACCAAGUGUAACUUUGGCAAAAAUUACUUGACAAAGUAGAAGUUUCAGUGGUAAAAUUAAAAUAACAAAUCACUUCGUCAAUGGUUAAAUUAGUGAAUUUAUGACAAGAACAAUAUCGUCCUACGCGGGGAGUAUCCCGCAAUGCAAUACUAGAUAACGUCCUGAGCAAUGUUAUAGGUGAUUAAGUUUGUUGAAUGUUAAUUCUUAAUUAAAUUCUGUUAUUAUGCUGCGUUUAGAACGCUGUUCAAUGUAUGUAUAGAAGGCUACGUAUGUAUAGAUAGCUCGUAUGUAUAAUUUUUGCUGAAACGUAUUUUACAAUGUUUACAUCGCUAUGAAUUACACUGUUAUCCUAAUAAGUUAUUGUGUUAAGCUAACUCACCUUAUUGUCUUUGUUUUUACCAGUAUU